AUGGUGUGCACCAGGAAGACCAAAACUUUGGUGUCCACUUGCGUGAUCCUGAGCGGCAUGACCAACAUCAUCUGCCUGCUCUACGUGGGCUGGGUCACCAACUACAUCGCCAGCGUGUAUGUGCGGGGGCAGGAGCCGGCGCCCGACAAGAAGCUGGAGGAAGACAAAGGGGACACCCUGAAGAUUAUUGAGCGGCUGGACCACCUGGAGAAUGUCAUCAAGCAGCACAUCCAAGAGGCUCCCGCCAAGCCCGAGGAGGCCGAGGCUGAGCCCUUCACAGACUCCUCUCUGUUUGCACACUGGGGCCAGGAGCUUAGCCCCGAAGGCCGGCGCAUGGCCCUGAAGCAGUUCCAGUACUACGGCUACAACGCCUAUCUCAGUGACCGCCUGCCCCUCGACCGGCCCCUGCCAGACCUCAGACCCAGUGGGUGCCGCAACCUCUCAUUCCCUGCCAGCCUGCCGGAGGUGAGCAUCGUGUUCAUCUUUGUCAAUGAAGCCCUCUCGGUGCUUCUACGCUCCAUCCACUCAGCCAUUGAACGCACACCUUCACAUCUGCUCAAGGAGAUCAUCCUGGUGGAUGACAACAGCAGUAACGAGGAGCUGAAGGAGAAGCUGACAGAGUACGUGGACAAGGUGAAUGGCCAGAAGCCAGGCUUCAUCAAAGUCGUGCGCCACAGCAAGCAGGAGGGCCUCAUCCGCUCCCGGGUCAGCGGCUGGAGGGCGGCCACUGCCCCUGUGGUGGCACUCUUCGAUGCCCAUGUGGAGUUCAAUGUGGGCUGGGCUGAACCUGUCCUUACCCGCAUAAAGGAGAACCGGAAGCGGAUCAUCUCACCAUCAUUUGACAACAUCAAAUAUGACAACUUUGAGAUAGAAGAGUACCCACUGGCAGCCCAGGGCUUUGACUGGGAGCUGUGGUGCCGCUACCUAAACCCCCCCAAGGCAUGGUGGAAGCUGGAGAACUCCACAGCCCCGAUCAGGAGCCCCGCCCUCAUUGGCUGCUUCAUUGUGGACCGCCAGUACUUCCAGGAGAUUGGCUUACUGGACGAAGGCAUGGAGGUCUAUGGAGGCGAGAACGUCGAGCUUGGGAUCAGGGUGUGGCAGUGUGGUGGGAGCGUGGAGGUCCUGCCCUGCUCUCGGAUUGCCCACAUUGAGCGAGCCCACAAGCCCUACACCGAGGACCUCACUGCCCACGUUCGCAGGAACGCCCUCAGGGUGGCUGAAGUCUGGAUGGAUGAAUUUAAAAGCCAUGUGUACAUGGCAUGGAACAUACCCCAAGAGGACUCAGGAAUCGACAUCGGGGACAUUACUGCAAGGAAGGCUUUGAGGAAGCAGCUGCAGUGCAAGACCUUCCGGUGGUACCUGGUCAGUGUGUACCCAGAGAUGAGGAUGUACUCAGACAUCAUCGCCUACGGGGUGCUGCAGAACUCUCUGAAGACCGAUUUGUGUCUUGAUCAGGGUCCAGACACAGAGAAUGUUCCAAUUGUGUAUAUCUGCCAUGGAAUGACACCCCAGAAUGUGUACUACACGAGCGGGCAGCAGAUCCACGUGGGCGUCCUGAGCCCCACGGUUGACGAUGACGACAACCGGUGCCUGGUGGACGUCAACAGCCGGCCGCGGCUCAUCGAGUGCAGCUACGCCAAAGCCAAGAGGAUGAAGCUUCACUGGCAGUUCUCUCAGGGAGGCGCCAUCCAGAACCUCAAGUCCAAGCGCUGCCUGGAGCUGCAGGAGAACAGCGACUCGGAGUUCGGCUUCCAGCUGGUGCUGCAGAAGUGUUCGGGCCAGCACUGGAGCAUCACCAACGUCCUGAGGAGCCUGGCAUCCUGA